AGCUCUACCAAUAUCGAGGAAAAAUUAUUAAAUUUGCGACUCCGCGAUUUCCAACGCGAUGAGCUCACAAUCACUCACUAACGAGGCAACGUAGAGUAGUAGUUUAAUUUGUUUUUUUUACGUUGUGUACUUAGUAAAAUAAAGUUUAAGCAUCAGCCACCAUCAACAAUAGUAAAAAAUAAAAAAUCGUAUAAAUAGAUACAUAUCCAAACAACCAAUCUCGAUGUAAAUUUUAUAUUUAUUGAAUGUAGCUGGUAGUCAAAUCGUCAAUUAAAAACGUGUAGUUAGUCUAUUUAUUUAUUAACUUAAAGUAUCUAUUAAAACUCACAACAAUGACGAGAUUAAUUCCACAAGUCAAUUAUUUGACUCAAGAACAUCUCACUGGCUUUGAAAAUUACAAGUACAGUUGCGUGGAUACGAGUCCUCUGAGUAUUUAUGUUAUGCACCCAUUUUGGAACAAGGUUGUUACUUUCUGUCCAAAAUGGGUCGCGCCAAAUUUAUUAACCUUCUCAGGAUUUCUAUUCACAGUCUUAAACUUUUUGAUGUUCGCGUACUAUGAUUACUAUUACUACGCAUCGAGUGAUGAUCACCCAGAGUAUCCACCAAUCCCGCGAUUGGUAUUCGCGCUGGCUGCAUUCAAUAUAUUUAUGGCAUACACACUUGACGGAAUUGACGGAAAACAGGCGCGACGAACCCAAACAUCAGGACCACUCGGCGAGCUAUUUGACCACGGGCUCGACAGCUGGACAGCGAUGCUGAUAACAGUCUGUAUAUACUCAGUUUUCGGUCGCAGUGACCACAGCAUACCGCCUUUGAGAAUGUACUUCAUCUUAUGGAACGUGAUGAUAAAUUUCUACCUAAGUCAUUGGGAGAAAUAUAACACCGGCGUACUAUUUUUGCCAUGGGGCUACGACGCAUCCAUGCUGGCCACAAUUCUAGUGUUUAUCGGCACCAGUAUAUUCGGCCACGAGUUCUGGAAGUUUGAAUUACCCGGUGGUUUCGAUGCUGGCUUACUAUUCGAAGUAAUACUUUACGUGAGCGCGAUGGUGUCAAACGUACCAGUCAUCGUGUGGAAUAUCAUAAAGUCGUACCGAGACAAAACCGGUAAAAAUCGGAGCUUCAUCGAAGCCAUGAGACCGCUAGUGCCUCUUGUAUUAUUUUUCAGCAUCGCGACUUACUGGGUGACGCACUCCUCGAUAAACAUUAUGGAAAAAGACCCACGCAUUAUUUACUUUGCCACCGGGACAAUAUUUUCAAAUAUCUGCUGUCGGUUGAUCGUGUCCCAGAUGAGCAAUACGAGGUGCGAAAUUCUUCCCUGGAUUUUACUACCGCUAGCCAGCGCGGCUGUAUUUUCAUAUUUAAUACCCAGUUAUGAUUUAGAGAUAAUGUAUUUGACGGCAAUAGCUGCUCUUGCGGCUCACGUACAUUACGGGUCUUGCGUGGUGAGACAAAUGUGCCACCACUUCCGUAUUAAGCCAUUCCGCAUUCGUGAACAUUCAGAAUGACUACUUGCCGACGAUGCAUGCUAGAAAUGAAGAAUUACACACUUACAAUGGAUCUUACUAGGUCGGGAAUAGAUCUGACACACGUUUAUCAUUUCCACUUAUUUUAAUUGCAUUUACAUUAAUUGUAAAUCAAUCAAAGUACUAAAAUUGAUAAUCCAAUUGUCUUUCUUCAUUAUUUUCAUUUUUUUAAAAAUCAUUAAAGAAAUUUAUACUGUUUGGUUUUGGUUCGUGUGUAGGUUUAUUUAUGUGUCUUCAUUUUUAUCGUGUAUCGUCUCUCGGACGUUACCAUUAUUAUUAUUAUUAUUAUUAUUAUUAUUAUUAUUUAGUUAUUAAUUAAUUUUAAUAAAUUUGUGGUCACUUGUGCCAUUGAACAAUCAUACAUUACAA